ACUCCGGAGCGGCGCUCCUAGUGCUGGGGUGCCGCCUGCUGGAGGCCCUGGUGCUGCUGGAGGUGCUGGAGCCUCUGGUCCUGGAGGUGCUCGUACAGGCGGUGCUAGAGCUGCUGGACUGGGGGUUCUGCUGGAGCUGGUGCUGGAGCUACUGGAGCUGGUACUGCUAGAGGUGCUGCUGGUGCUGGUGCUGCUGGAGGUGCUGCUCGUGCUGGAGCUGCUGGAGGUGGUGCUGGGACUGGAGCUGCUGCGGGAGUUGGAGCUGGAGGUGCUGGAGGUGCUGGAGCUGCUGGUGGUGCUGCGGGAGUUGUAG